AUAUCCGAAAUCAAGAUUUGUUUCUGCUUUCACACCGGUGUUGUGCUCCAGGCUGCGUUUCUCCAAAUCCAACUUUAUGCAUCGGCUCUCGCUCGCAGAUCUGGAGGGCUGCCGCCGUGAACAGGUCGCUGCAGUCCGGGGGACCCUGCGUAUCAGAGGCAAAGAUUGACCGAAACAAUGUUCAACCGUGGGUCAUAAUUCUGGCUCUUCGACCGGAGAUCUACUCUGUCAAGUUUGGCAACUCGGGACAUAGACUUGCCGAUCUCAUCGCCGCUGGCAAAGACUUACAGGAAAGUGCUGCGGUUUCACGAGUUUUUUUUGGCAGCAACAACAAGAAGAGAACGAGGACAUUUUUCAUUCUAAACUUUAUUAUUAAAUCGAGUGUCCAUGAUGAGCAAACCCGCAGGCUCAACAAGUGGCUGCCUGGAUAUUCUGAAUGUCAAAUCAAGUCGAAUACUGGACAUCCCAUGCAAAGUGUGUGGUGACCGCAGCUCAGGGAAACACUACGGUGUUUACGCCUGUGACGGCUGCUCGGGAUUCUUCAAGAGGAGCAUCCGCAGAAACAGGACAUACGUCUGUAAAUCUGGCUCUCAGGGUGGCUGUCCCGUGGACAAAACUCACAGAAACCAGUGCAGAGCGUGCCGGUUGAAAAAGUGUCUCGAUGUGAACAUGAAUAAAGACGCCGUUCAACACGAGAGGGGGCCCCGGACGUCUACCAUCCGCAAACAGGUCGCCCUAUAUUUCCGGGGGCACAAAGAGGUAAACGGAUCGACCCAUUUCCCGGGAUCCUCUCUGUCUGGCCCUCCCUUCUUUACCACGGUCACGCAACUGGAUCCUCACAACCUGGAUAUGAGCGCAGCAAACACACCGGAGAGACAGGCCCUGGUGGGUCUGGCACAACCCACUCCGAAGUACCCCCAUGAAGUCAGUGGCACCCCCAUGUACCUCUACGAAGUGGCGACAGAGUCUGUGUGUGAGUCAGCAGCGCGCCUCCUCUUCAUGAGCAUCAAGUGGGCAAAGAGUGUUCCCGCAUUCUCCACCCUUCCUUUAUCAGACCAGCUGAUUCUGUUGGAGGACGCUUGGAGGGAAUUAUUUGUUCUGGGCAUCGCGCAGUGGGCCAUUCCUGUGGACUCCUCUACUCUUCUAGCCGUUUCUGGAAUGAACACCGAAAACACAGAGUCUCAGCGGAUGAAUAAGAUCAUUUCUGAGAUACAAGCACUUCAAGAGGUGGUCACCCGAUUCAGGCACAUGCGUCUGGAUGCAACAGAGUUCGCCUGUUUGAAAUGCAUCGUGACUUUUAAAGCCGUUCCUACGCAUGGCAACACUGAGUUAAGAAGUUUCCGCAACGCCAGCGCCAUCGCUGCACUACAAGACGAGGCACAGCUCACCCUCAACAGUUACAUACACACCAGGUACCCGACCCAGCCGUGUCGCUUCGGGAAGCUGCUUCUGCUCUUGCCGGCUCUCCGCUCGGUGGGCCCGUCCACCAUCGAGGAGGUGUUCUUCAAGAAGACCAUCGGCAACGUGCCCAUCACCCGGCUCCUCUCCGACAUGUACAAGUCCAGCGAUAUAUGAAUUCUCGCCACCUGGAAAAAAUACUUGAGCUAAAAAGGCCCAGAGAGACCCACCAGCAGGCGACAGAAAUCCAAUCAUAGCAGGUGUAACCGUGGGUUGAAUUAUUGCUGAGCACACAAUCUCUUAGGCCGUCUUAAAAUAGCCUGUUUAGGCUUAUAGGCUCCUUUGAAACAAAGACUGCAACACAGCCGGAACUCACUAAGUAGCCUGUUAACAGUUGCUCUAGUUAAGAAUUAGCCAGUAACUUUCAUUGUAGAAUUACCUGUUUGAUACUGCAGCCUGCAGUGUUCAAGACUCCGGAGGAAGAGCACCUGCCAAGUACUGACAAAGAAAUAUUAUAUAUAAAGACGUUUUUUGAGUGUCUGUGAGACCAAUGAGCUUGAUGACCAAUUCAGUAUUUUAUUGCUGUGAUCAAUCCCAAUGGAGGAAACCAAAAAAUAAAAUACAAAAAUAAAAUGAAGCAUGUGAAUCGCUGUCCCUCCGAUCUGGUGCUGAAACCAAACGCAUGGUGGAAGAGGCGCCAACU